AGUUGUACCCUGUCCCUCUGCGAGCCCGUGGCGUGGUGAUAGUUAAAAGCCGAAACCCCAAGUAGGAGAAGCAUAAGCAGUGGCGAGCGGAAUCGGUAGAACUCAGCAGCAGAGGAGAGUAGCGUAGACGUGGUUGGGAGGUGGUGGAGCUUCUUGGAGUGGAGGUAUCGGCACAAUGAUUGCUGUUCGUACGUUCGUGAGGCAUUUCUCGCGAAAGCGCGCGGAGGAUCUUAGGAAAAUCAGCCCGAAUGUGACACCUCGAGAGGCCUCUUCCGUUGCUCAAGACCUCUACCACGUCAUCAAGCGACGCGGCCCUCUCCCCGUCUCCAAAACUUGGAUUCACGCCCAGGGUCAUUAUAUGCCAUCUUUCAGAAAUUUGUCCACCUUGGCAUCAACUGGCAUGGAUUGUCGGGAGGGAGUAAAGUUGCUAGUAACUGGGGGUUCCCGUGCUCAGAAAAUGGUCGGGAUAUGGCUUUUUGGCUCUGCUGCAUGGGUGUUUAGUAUGGUGGUACUCGGUGGUGUUACAAGACUGACACGCUCUGGCCUUUCCAUGACUGAUUGGAAAUUUACUGGCGGCCUCCCUCCUCUAUCAGAUGAGGAUUGGUUGCAUGAGUUUGAGAAAUAUAAACAAUCCCCUGAAUAUAAGCGUGUAAACAAAGGGAUGAGUAUUGAAGACUUCAAAUUCAUAUAUUUGAUGGAAUAUGCACAUCGUAUGUGGGGAAGGACAUUGGGUCUUAUGUUUGCUUUGCCUUUUUCAUAUUUCCUUCGCAAGGGAUAUAUUACUUUACAACUUGGACUGAGACUUUCUGCUCUUUUUGCCCUUGGUGCUGGGCAGGGUUUAAUUGGCUGGUGGAUGGUUAAAAGUGGUUUGGAGGAGCCAGCAUCUGAAUAUGCCCAGCCAAGAGUAAGCCCUUACCGUCUUGCAGCUCAUCUUACCUCAGCAUUUGCUAUUUAUUGUGGCCUUUUUUGGACUGGUCUUUCUGUUGUUAUGCCUGAACCACCUGCUGAAUCAGUAGCUUGGGUUCGCGGAGCAGCAAAAGUAAAGAGAUUUGCCCUUCCUGUUAGCUUACUCGUAGCCAUUACUGCUGUCUCUGGAGCAUUUGUUGCUGGAAAUGAUGCUGGGCAUGCAUAUAAUACUUUUCCAAAGAUGGGUGAUACAUGGAUACCAGAAGACGUUUUUGACAUGAAGCCAUUGAUUCGAAAUUUCUUUGAGAAUACAUCAACUGUGCAGCUUGACCAUCGGAUCCUUGCAACUGCGACAUUAAUUUCAAUUGGCACUUUAUGGUGGUCAACAAGGAAGUUGGACAUACAUCCAGCAGUUAAAUCUUUGAUAGGAAGCACUGUUGGCAUGGCUUCCCUCCAGGUUACCUUAGGAAUAUCAACACUUCUGUCUUAUGUACCUGUUUCACUCGGCACUGCACAUCAGGCAGGGGCCUUAACUCUUUUGACACUCAUGAUGUUGCUCAAUCACACUGUGAGGAGGCCGUCGAUGUCCCUUCUCAAAUCUCUGCCUCAAGUCGCAAAGACAACCUAGAUAUUUUUUUGCUUCAUUGUUUGUAACAAGGAUUGGUCAUAUUAAUUGGAUGCAACAAUUUUUUCAUAUAUGGGCCUUAUUAAUUUGCAGCCUUAACAGCAAUGAUAAGCAUUGAUCUUAUUGUACUUU